GUUGAUCUUGAGACGCUUCUGAUCGUUUUGGUUGUUUUGUUGGGGGAAGAGUUUAGAGGUAGGAGGAGGAGGAUUUAAGUUUGACUGGGAAAAGAGCUGGAGAAGAUGCGAGCGAGCGGCACUUGCAAAAACGAGGUCGUGUUGUAUGUAUAGUUGGAUAUUUGGUGUUGUGAAGGUUGGGUUUUCCGAUGUUGGAGGAAAGUGAUGAUAUCCAAAUAUAGAGAGAGAGAGGGUAAAUCCCGCAUAGACUUCGUGUUCAGGCCAUUUUCUUGCGCUUGUAGAUUUUCUUGGCUGCAUAAAAUCGAUUCGUAUUUGUGUUCAGUAUGUUGACCGACCUACUUCUCGCUUGACGACCAAAUGGCUAAUAAGAGUCGAUUCUUUGUCUUUGUAUCCAUGUUUGUGUGUCGACGGAACCUGAGAGGAUUGGACUGGGUUGGAAAUCAAAAGGAAACGAAACGAAACGAAACAGAACGAAAGCAUAGACUGAAAGACGAAUUGAUGAUAGCUGUGCCCUUUCGCGACCCGAGGUUCCAGCGUAGGUAGAGGAUGGCAUAGAUUGGAGGCGGCCCAAAUUUUUGGACCAGCUAAGGGCAAGCCAGAAUCUGGAAGUCAAAUAGACUCCAGAUUGAACAAAUACUGAUCUACAAGUCUCGUAACAGCUAGAAUUCUCUAAAAUAUUGAGAGGGUAAUAUGGCGAGGCAGAUCGCCCUCCUAUCUAUAGAGCUUUUACCGUAAGAAGAGUCGUCCUCAAGUAUGAGUGAGAUUAAGCCUAGCGACUGCCCAGCUGUGAGGGCCUUGGCGGACAUAAACUGGAUCCGCCUUAGUUUGAGAACCGAGGCCUUUCUGAAACCGGGGCCUUUGAGGAGGCACUACUACACUGUAAGUGCAGUAGAAUCGCAUCAAUCAGUCCGAUGUCAAGCCAGUUCAAUACCUGACUCGUUUCCCUAUGUCAACACCAAUAUUCGGACCGACUCGAACAUCUCCUCUUCCCCUCUUCUCAUAACAGGGACUUCCAUUUGGGAAUCAGGAAAGUCGAUCGGGUUUACUUCGCUUGAAGCAAUUCCUCCUCCACUCUUCUCCUCAUUUGAGGUAUUUCAUUGGCUGACUUUAUCCCCGCACCCCGCUUCCUGGGUCGAAAUCGUGGUGGAUGAACUUCGGGAUGAGAAUUUCUGGAAAGAUCCCAUGGAUGCGGGCGGUGGAAGUGGUGGAAGAAAUGACGUGUGGAGUGCAGGUGGACGAUAUGCGGCUAAAGUGGUGGGUUUUGGAGGGGUUGUGGGGUAGACUAGAGACGGGAUGGGACGUUUGGGCCGGUUGGUGGUAGAGUGGGUGGUGAAAAAGACGGAGAUUGUAGUGAUGAUGAGGUUUAGCUAGGUAAGGACGGGGAAGGGGUGUGGAGAUGGAGAAGGGAUUUGCAGACCGGAGUCCAGUGGAUGGAUUUGAGAUUUAAAGAUGGGAUGGUUGCCCAUCUUUUUCUUGCUUGAGAGGUUGGUUUGGAUUGGAUUAAGUGGGUGCUCUAUUUAUCUCUCUCUUCCGUUGAAUCAAUCCAUCUCCUUCCGGCAUUCUUUUUCUUCCGGAAAAGUGCUUUCAAAAGUUACUGAAAAGCCAGCCGAAACCAAAGAUGUUUCUUCAACACCUGUUUGCCCCGAUCCUAGUAACGGCUUUCACGGUCCUAGCUACCGCCGCUCCAACGGUCAAAGUCCUCAAUGGCUCCUACUAUGGCAAACAUCUAGAGAGUUUCAACCAAGAUCUGUUUCUUGGGAUCCCGUUUGCAGAACCGCCCGUGGGGGAUCUGAGAUUUGCGAAUCCGGUGGCGUUGGAGAAUAGAACGUGGGAGGGGAGUGUGCCGGCUACGAAUUAUGCGUUUCAUUGUAUUGGCUAUGGAUCUGAUCAGAUUGGGUAUCAACAAAGCGAGGACUGCUUGUACCUCAAUGUUGUGAGACCGAGUGGGUGUGAGAAUCAGAGUUUACCUGUGGCGCUCUGGAUCCAUGGUGGCGGCUUCGCAUACGGUGGCGCACCAGACAGACGCUAUAACCUCUCUUUCAUCGUCCAAAACUCCGUCGAAAUCGGUAAACCCAUCAUCGCAGCCAGUAUCGCCUACCGUCUUGGACCGUUCGGUUUCCUCAAUGGAGACGCCGUUUCCGACGCUGGUGCCAUCAAUGUCGGUCUCAAGGACCAGCGUCUUGCACUCCAUUGGAUCAACGAGAACAUUGCUGCUUUCGGAGGCGAUGCUGAAAAGGUCACUAUCUGGGGAGAGAGCGCUGGCGCGGCCAGCGUUGGCUUACAUCUCACUGCUUUCAAUGGCCGUGACGACAAGUUGUUCCGUGCAGCUAUUAUGGAAUCCGGUGGACCUAUCUUUUUCGGCGUGCAACAGAGCUCUUCUGAUUAUCAGCCUAUGUACGAUUCUGUUGUUGAGCAAUCGGGGUGUGGAAAUUCCUCGAACUCGCUUACAUGCUUGAGAGAGGUGCCGUUUACAGUGUUAAACAGUGUGUUGAAUACUACGGAAUUCAACAUGCCUGGGUGGUGGCCUGCUCUUGAUGGGAAUUUUGUGGCGAGGUAUGGGAGUGAGCAGCUUGCUGAUGGGAGCUUUGUGCAUGUUCCUAUUAUUGCAGGGGCGAACUCUGAUGAAGGGACGGCGUUCAGUCCGAGGGGAAUUGAUACAGAGGCGGAUUUGGUGGGGGUGAUUAAUGGCACCUGGUCAGCAUCAGAACAAGUCCUCUCCGACCUCAUUUCGGCAUACGUCGACACCAACACUUCCGACUACCUAAUCCCUGACACUGCCACCCUCGGAGCAGACCUCUUUUUCGCAAACACAUCCUUCGGUGCAUACUGGCGACGUAGUGCAGCCUACAGCGGUGAUCUCUUCUUCAUCGCUUCUCGUCGCCAUACAUGCGCGGUCUGGUCCGCCGCUGGUCUCGAUACCUACUGUUACCGCUUCAACGCCAUCCCCAACGGGACUCCAUUCCCCAUCUCCGUCACACACUUUACAGAAGUGGCAUUCGUAUUUGAUAACCUCAAUGGUCUUGGUUAUGCCGAGAACCCAUUUGGUAAUAAGAGUCAGAGCUAUACCGAUCUUGCUGAGCUGAUGAGUAAGAGCUGGGCGAGUUUUGUGGCGGAUCUUGAUCCGAAUUCUUGGGUUGGUCGGGAUACGGAGGUGGAGAGUUGGCCAAGCUAUGAGGCCGUUAGGAUCGUCGAGGGGGUCAAUGGUAUGGGACCAUGGGACAUGGUGUUUGAUGCUAAUGUUACGAGUUUUGUGGAGAGUGACACGUUUAGGGAAGUGGGGAUUAAGAUUAUGAAUGAGAACUGGGGGGUGGCGAAGAGAUGAUUUAUAG